UGUGCCUGUGUAUGCGUGAGUGCCGCCGACAAGCAAUCAAUACGAGCUAGAAAGAGAGAAAGGGAGAGAGAGGGAGUUGAGUGCAAGAAAUAUGUGUGUGUGUGUAGAUGAAUAAAGGAACAGCAGAAGCGAGCAACAGCCGUCGGCAUUUUGUGCGGCCCGGUAGAGCGCUGUUUAAAGUUGACGUUGAUGUUGAUGACGUAUGGACAGUAGAUGUCGCCACUUUUAAAGCCGCUAACCAGCGGCCACCGAAGCAGACGGCGGAAAUUUUCAAAUGCGCUGACAGCGCCAGCCCACAACCAGAACGGCGCGGCGACAGCCAGCGACUGCAGCGGCUAACAUGUGAGAUGACUACGCAAUUGAUUUCUCGCUCUCUGCACAAUCAUCAAACAACUUUUCACGUGCCUUUGCAUAAUGCCUGCACAUUGGUCCGUCGCUGCUGCGCUAUAUUUGGUCAGCAGCAGCGGCACGUUCUGCGUUCAGGUCCUGGUCGCUUCUGCUGCUGCGGCUGCUCCUGCUGCUCCUGCUGCUGCUUGUUUUCGCCUUGACUUUAAUCAUAUUUCCAUCAGAAACAUGCUGCGCAUAUUGAACAGCAUCAGCAUCAGCCGUAGCAGCAGCAUCAGCAGCAGCCAAACAAACAUAAAAGUGAGCACACACACCCAC